AUGGGACUCCUUCACAACGCUGUCCGCCGCAGCGACCUUGACGAAGUCCAAAAGGUCGUCGCACGCGGAGCAAACGUCAACGCCAUCGAUAGCAAAGGAUACACGCCGUUGAUGGUCGCCGUCGAGAUCGAGAACUACGAAAUCACAGAGUACCUGCUUAAGCAUGGGGCAGUGAAGUCGAUCGGCCACACAAACCGUAAGGGGGAGACGGCGUUCGAUCUAACCGAAGAUGAUGAUAUACUGGAGCUGCUGAGUAAAUACGAAGAGGAGGGCUUUCAGUAUGAGAGUGACGGUGGCGGAGGUUAUUUUGGUCCGAGUGUGCCGGCCCCGGAUGGGAAUAUCUGA